AGUUGGUUCUCAGUCUGAGCGACGUUCACGAUUCCCUGUAGGGACUCAACCGUUCAACUGCUCUAGUUCGUUAUUUAACUUUCUGUUUUCACAUUUACCUUCAUACCCAGUUAAUUUUUUUUUUCCAAGUAGUUAGAGGAGAUUUUUUUCGCGCUUUUAUGUUUUUUCUUAACUCUGUCAAAGUUUUUUUUGAAUCAACACCUCUGUGGUGAUAUUUGAAAUUGAGAAGUUAUCAGUGGUUCCUGUUUCUUCUUCAUGCACUUAUGUUCCUGGGUGCAGACCAGUAGACGACGGCCACAAUGACAUUACGCACGCUUUCACUGCGAACCCUGCUGUUCCUGGGGCUUUGGCACUCUGGGAGGAGAAGUUUGGCCUCAGCUCCGGAGCUGCUGGAGCAGCCAAAGAAAAUAGCUGUGAUCGGCGCAGGGAUUGGCGGAACAGCCGCAGCCUUUUACCUGAGGGAGGAGUUUGGACCCGUUGUCAAGAUCGAUGUGUUUGAGUCGGGGACAGUUGGAGGGCGUCUGGCAACGGUGAAGAUGGGGGAUUAUGAGUAUGAGACUGGAGGCUCUGUGAUCCACCCUCUGAACCUACACAUGAAGCAGUUCAUUGAAAAAAUAGGUGUUCCCCAGAGGAAAGACGUCCCCUCUAAAAUGGCGAUCUUCGAUGGGAAAGAGCUAGUGUUUGAAGAGAGCGACUGGUUCAUUGUUAACUUCUUCAGGAUGCUCUGGCGCUACGGAUUCAGUUUCGUCCGCAUGCAGAUGUGGGUGGAGAGCGUUCUGGACAAAUUUAUGAGAAUCUACCAGUAUCAGCAGUACGGGUACUCGUUCUCUACUGUGGAGAAGCUCUUGCACGCCAUGGGAGGCGACGGCUUCCUCACCCUGAUGAAUCAAACUCUAGAGGAGGCCAUGAUGGGAGAUGGAUUUUCACAGGCCUUCAUCAACGAUAUUGUUGCACCCAUAACGCGUGUUAACUACGGCCAAAGCGUCCGCAUCAAUGGCUUUGUGGGGGCGGUGUCUUUAGCUGGGGUGGACUCAGGCCUGUGGGCAGUGGACGGUGGCAAUAAGAGAGUGUGCUCUGGACUCCUUUACCACAGCAAAAGUGAUCUCAUCCCUGCUAAAGUCGGCUCCAUUUCAAUGAAGACCCGUCCAUCAAAGAGAGGAAGCACCGUCUCUUACUACGAAAUCAACUACGUCGGAGAAUCCGGCUCGGCGCACUCUCUGUAUGACAUCGUUGUCAUAGCGACACCACUUCAUCAGGGAAAGUCUGACAUUACGUUCUCGGGGUUCUCCCCUCCCAUCCCGACUCACUACCCGGGUCUCUACCACCAGACGGUGGCCACCCUGGUGCACGGCACCCUGAACAUGUCCUACCUGGGGAGCGCCGAGGCCGCCUCCGAGUUCACCGUGUCCGAAAUCCUCACCACCGACUCCAAGGGCUGCGCCAUCAACAGCCUGAGCUCUCUGGACCCCGUGCACAUCCCCGACGGCUACAAGCGACCCCCGGCGAGCCGCCCUAAAGUCUGGAAGGUGUUCUCCUCGGAAUCGCUGACCCCGGAGCAGCUGCAGCAAAUGUUUCUGUCCUACGACUCCGUGUCCGAGACCCCGUGGCUCGCCUAUCCGUCUUACCGUCCGCCGCACCGGAAGACGCCGCCCUUCGUCCUGCACAACCGGCUGUACUACCUCAACGCCGUGGAGUGGGCGGCCAGCGCCAUGGAAAUGAGCGCCAUCUCGGCCCGGAACGUGGCCCUGCUGGCUCAUCACCGCUGGCACGAACAGACCAGCAAGAUCGACCAGGAGGACCUGCACAUGCGACUCAGAGGAGAACUCUGAAAAAUCAAAUCAGGAUAAGCAACCAAACCUGUGAUUUCAACCACACAGAUUACAUGAUUAUGAAAAAUAUUUUUUCUUUACAAGAAACACACUUUCAAACAUGCAACAGUUUAUUUUUCUCUCUCUUUUUUUCUGUUUUUUGAUUACCCCGGACAGAAUCAGACAAUAUAAAAAUAGUUCUAACACUGAAGCAAGCUGCACUAAAUGGUAGAUCCUGAAGUUUCCCUCUUUCCCUGUGAGUCUUCGUCUGCAUUGCACAUGUCGUAAACCUAAUUCAACACUUCAAGUUUGUCUUUAUGGCUUUUUAGCUACAUUUCUUUCCUGACUGGAAGAUUUUUCUGAUCGGUUUACUCGUCUUCUGUUAACUUCCAAGUCUCUCUACCUCCUCAACAAAGUGCUGCGAGUUUUGCUGGCAAGUUCAGGCAUCAAGCACCAAAGGUUGAUAAUAUUUAGGGAUUUCAGUGCCACCUAUUUCAAGGCAAACUGCAAAAAUAAUAGCUUUAGAAAUUUGAUUGUGCCUUAAUGAAAUCGGAGUUGGAGUAGUAAACAUUUUGGAAAUGAUCUUUUGGUCCUUUUUGAGAUUUUGUCUAAAAAGCCUGACCACAGGACCAACUUAAUGUGCUUAUUGUGCUUAAUGUUUCUUUUUUUCUUGAUUUCUUAGAUAAUAAGGAUCAUUUUAAUUUUUUGACUUAUAGUCAGAACUCAUGUUGGGAAAAGAUACUUGACUUGUCCUCUACUUCCAGGUUAUUUUGUACUUUUGGACAGAAAUUGUAGUUGGAAAAAAAUCCCUCCUUAGGCACUUUUAGAUGAUUUUCUCUGUAGAGUUUUACAGAAAGUGGCACUUUAACUAGGUUUCAGUUUUACACACAGCUUUCCAAAAAAAUUUCAUGUUAAACCACACUGAAAAGGCCCAAACAGUAUUGUAGAUUUUUAAAUGCGUUUACAAUCAUAAUAAAUUAAUGAGACCUUUU